UACGGACACAUUCUUAAGCAAACUCAUCUCAGUACAAAAUAUUAAGAAGAAAGAGUGAAAUAUGGCUAAUCGCAACAAUAUUUUAGUUUUAUGUUUCUUAAUAGGUUUAGGAUUAUGCUCUGCAAGAUCACUUCUCACCUACUCUGAAUCCGAGGCUGAAGUCGCUUCCUAUGGCGAGAAAAGUAGUUUGAGUGUUGGUGUUGGUGUUGGUGCUGAUGUUGAUGUUGGCGUUGAUGUUGGUCUUGGUGGUGGUGGUGGCGGAGGAGAAGGAGGUGGUGCUGGAUACGGUGGAGCUGGUGGACAUGGUGGAGGAGGAGGUGGUGGACAUGGUGGUGGUGCUGGCGGAGGUGGCGGUGGUGGUCCUGGAGGAGGAUCUGGUUAUGGAGGUGGAAGCGGUGAAGGUGGUGGAGCUGGAUACGGAGGUGGAGAAGCUGGUGGACACGGUGGAGGUGGAGGAAGCGGAGGAGGCGGUGGUGGAGGAGCUGGCGGUUCACAUGGAGGUGGAUACGGUGGUGGAGAAGGCGGUGGUGCUGGAGAAGGAUAUGGAGGUGGAGGUGCAGGUGGACAUGGAGGUGGUGGAGGUGGUGGAAAAGGAGGCGGUGGAGGAGGAGGCUCUGGCGCCGGUGGAGCUCACGGUAGUGGUUAUGGUGCCGGAGGUGGAGCUGGAGAGGGAUACGGUGGUGGCAGUGGAGCUGGAGGACAUGGUGGUGGAGGAGGAGGUGGUGGUGGUUCAGGAGGUGGGGGAGGUUAUGCUGCAGCUGGAUCUGGACAUGGUGGGGGUGCUGGUAGCGGAGAAGGCGGUGGUGGCUAUUGACUGUGAUAUCAUAUCUCUGUGGAGCGUAAAGUCCAAUGAGUGAAGUGUCACAUAAUACUCGUAUAAGAGAUCAUAUAUAUGGUAGCAAAUACACAAAUCAUCUUUAAAAUAAGCCGGAAAAGGGCUAUCGUUGAAGUUUUUAAUUGUACCAAUGUUGUAUACUACUUCGUGUGUAUCAAAUUUUUAUAUAUGGGGAUGAAGAU